UUCAGUUUGUGGCAUGUAUUUUUGUUGUACGGUCACAACCAGAGAGACGGUUCUGCUGAAUUCAAUUUUCUUAGAUUUUUUGCAUUAUUUGCCUAUAAAGUUAAUACCGGUGCUUGAAGGUGUUUUCUUUACGUCAGCUGCUAUCCAGGUUGGAGAUUUUGUAAGCAACUGAAGCUGAAUUCAUAAGAGCAAACAAAUAUAUUCUUUUGGACAUUUCAAUGGCAAACGGAGUCAACCUUCAAGAUGGUUUGUCCUGUGAGGACCUUUUCCGUAAUAGCGAUGGGCUGACGUAUAACGAUUUUAUCAUUCUACCCGGCUACAUCGACUUUACAGCCGACGAUGUAGACUUGUCGUCUCCUUUAACCAAGAAGAUUAUGUUGAAGGCUCCGCUGGUGUCUUCACCUAUGGAUACGGUCACCGAAGCGGAUAUGGCAAUUUCGAUGGCGCUAUGUGGUGGUAUCGGAAUCAUUCAUCACAACUGCACUCCGGAGUUCCAAGCCAACGAGGUCCAUAAGGUCAAAAAAUAUAAGCAUGGAUUCAUUCGUGAUCCGAUGGUUAUGAGCCCUGACAAUACAGUAGCCGAUGUUUUGGAGGCCAAGAAAAAGAAUGGCUUUACCGGUUAUCCUAUUACUGAGCACGGUCGACUUGGAGAACGAUUGUUAGGCAUUGUUACAUCAAGGGAUAUUGAUUUCCGCGAAGAAGACGUUGGUCUUAAGCUCAAAGACAUUAUGACAAAAGUUGAGGAUAUGGUAACAGCACCGAGUGGAGUAACACUGCAGGAAGCCAACCAUAUUUUAGAAAAAAGCAAGAAAGGAAAACUGCCGAUAGUGAAUAAAAAUGGUGAAUUGGUUGCCCUUAUAGCUAGGACUGAUUUGAAAAAAGCAAGGAGCUAUCCGAAUGCAUCUAAAGAUAGCAACAAACAACUACUCGUUGGCGCUGCAAUUUCAACCAGGGAAGAGGAUAAGGAGCGCCUUGAACUCUUGGUACAAAACGGAGUUGACGUAGUUGUACUAGAUUCCUCCCAGGGCAAUUCAUCUUACCAGAUCAAUAUGAUUAAAUAUAUCAAACAAAAAUAUCCCGAUUUGCAGGUUAUCGCUGGAAAUGUGGUAACUCGCCAACAGGCGAAAACUCUGAUUGAUGCUGGAUGUGACGCACUACGCGUUGGAAUGGGUUCUGGGUCCAUCUGCAUUACCCAAGAGGUCAUGGCAUGUGGGUGUCCCCAGGCAACUGCCGUUUACCAAGUCAGUAGAAUUGCACGAGAAUUCGGUGUUCCGGUAAUCGCAGACGGAGGCAUACAAUCUAUCGGACACAUCAUGAAGGCUCUUUCGUUGGGGGCAUCUUCAGUGAUGAUGGGAUCGCUGCUCGCCGGUACUUCAGAAGCUCCUGGUGAAUAUUUCUUCAGUGACGGUGUUCGGCUGAAGAAGUACCGAGGAAUGGGCAGUCUUGAAGCAAUGGAGCGUAAAGAUGCGAAAGGAGCUGCUGGUGCACGUUAUUUCCAUACCGAUAUUGACAAACUGCGUGUAGCCCAGGGAGUAAGUGGAAGCAUCGUCGACAAAGGAUCUGUUUUAAGGUUUCUGCCCUAUCUGCAGUGCGGAUUACAACAUAGUUGCCAAGAUAUUGGCACCAGAUCUCUACACAAUCUGAAGGAAAUGAUUUACAAUGGAAAGCUGCGCUUUAUGAGACGUACUCACUCAGCACAAGCUGAAGGCAAUGUACAUAGCCUGUUUUCUUAUGAGAAGAGACUGUUCUGAGAGCAAGAUAAACGAUGAGUGAACUAACCGAACUAUUUUUCUUUUUGGUUCAUUUUUGUACCUUAAUCUGCUUAUAUUAAUGGAUUAAGUUAAAUGUGUCAAAUGUCUGUCUUAGUGAAAGAUUUACCAGAGUAGUUUGGAAAAACCAUCCAAGGCGAACGAAUAUUGUGAGCAAGAAAUCUUAAGAGUAAGGUGAAUGGAACGAAUCGGCUUAAAUUGUAGAUACCCACUUGGUUUAACAUUUUCUCAGCCCCGCUAAAUUCAAAGUAUUGGAAUUAUCUUUCUAAAAAAUAUAGCUAUUAGAGUAUGAAUUAAGGCAGUACAUGUUUUAUAAAUUAUUUUUUUUUAAACUUUAUUAGGUUUUAUACACAAUAAA